CAAACUGGUCGCGGGCGGUGAGCCGCGGUGAGCUAGCUGUUCCGCCGGAUUCCUGUUUUGGGGCAGCUUCUCUGUCCUCGCCAAUGGAUCUCAUCCGGAACUUCUACGGAAAACUGCGGUCUGUGGCCAUUACCCUGGACAGCGAGACGGCCCGGCUGCAGCGGGCGCUGAACGGAGAGGAGAGCGGGUUUGAAGAUUAUGCAGUGAAGAUUUUACAUGACCUGCAUUCAGAAGUCUGGACUUUAAAGGAGGAUGUUACUAUUCUUCUUCAUAAAGCAAGCUUAGAAAGUCAAGAAAACACUGAUUUCAUAAAGGCAACCAAGGUACUGAUGAAAAGAAAUUCAGUGGAUAUCAUGAAAAUAAGAGAGUUUUUCCAGAAGUAUGGAUAUAAUCCACGGGCGAAGGAAAAUUCAGUGGAUGAACAUGAAAUCAUUAACUCUAAACCCGAAUUGGCUAAAUGUGAUAAUCUUCAAAAGCCUGAUAAGAAGGAUGAUCUGUCUGAUUUUACUGUUCCAAGCAGUUUUAUUUCUGAGAUACCUCCACGCAGUCCACAACUUUCAGAUUUUGGACUUGAGCGGUACAUGAUAUCCCAAACUCUGCCAAAUCAUCCACAAGAAGUAAAUAACUGUAAGGAAGAGCUAACAAUUUUCUCUCCACCUACCAAACAGUCACCAACUACAGUACUGAAAACUCCAAAGUGUGCACUAAAGAUGGAUGAUUUUGAGUGUAUGACUCCUAAAUUAGAACACUUUGGUAUCUCUGAAUAUACAUAUUUAAAUGAAGAUUAUACAGUGGGGCUUAAACAUGUGAAAAAUAAUAAAAGUUACCCUAUGAAUCAUGCCAGUGAAGAAACCAUAGAAACAGAACCAAUGACCAAUGAUAAUAUCUUUGCGUCUCCUGGCUCCAUAAUCCAGCAGUUGGAAAAAAAUGAUGCUGAGUAUAUAAAUUCACCCUUGGCACCUACAUUCUGCACCCCUGGUUUGAAACUUCCUUCUACAAAGAACAGUACAGCUUUGGUACCCACAGAUUAUCCAUUAUCAAAAACAAAGAAUUCAACAAAUGAUUUGGAAAGGAAAGAUUGUACUUCAUUAGUUUUAAAUUCAAGGGAUUGCUUUGAGAAUCUUGCAGAUCCCUCUUCUCCUAAGAUUUCUUCUUAUGAGAAUCUGCUCAGAACACCUACACCGCCAGAAGUAACUACAAUUCCAGAAGAUAUUUUCCAGAUUUUGUCAAAAUACAAUUCAAACCUAGCUACUCCAGUAGCCGUUAAAGCAGUGCCACCCAGGAAAGUCUUUCUUACUAAACACAAAGGACCAAACAUUCAAGAUGUUUGCAACAAAGAAAACUGGUGAAAAAGUUCUAGUGGAGUCAUCCAUUAUAGAAACUGAGUAAAUGAAAUGAAAGUAGAGAUGGACUUAGUUUUGUUAUUCACAUUCCCGUACCUCUUCUCCCCUUGUUAAAACCAACCCAUUUUAAAGAAGAACCAUGGACAUUUGAUGUCAUAGCAUGCUUUUUAUUAAGUUUUGAUUUGUUUUGAUCUCAAUCUUGUUAAACUGUACUCCAGUCAUUCAGCUUUUAAAGAUAAUCGCUGUUUUGUGAUUUCAAAUUUACCUUGUUUAAUCUAACUGAGUGGUUAAAAUAAAUCAGAAAGCAGAUCAAAUAAUUAAAAAAAAAAA